GAGCUUAAACCGGAUGAAAUUAAAGCAAAAAAUUGUGGAAUGGAACGUCCUCGUAAGCAAGUCCAUAUCCAUCAAUCAAUCGUUACAGAGAGUUUAACCAGAACAAUUGCUACUGGAACUUUCUAUGGUGGUAUCGUAAAUGGACUGCCCAUGUCAACGUAUGAAAUAGCAGACAGGAAGAAUUCCAAGAGAAAAGCUACCAAUAAUGAUACAGACAGAUGCACCAUCACCCACAAAAAAG